GGUCCCUGUCCUUCACCUCAGUGUACUCAAUCUAUUGUGCAGCUCCUCUCCAGGUCCUCAUUGCCUAUUCUAUCCUCUCUUCACCUGACAUUCACUGAAAAUCUGGAGGGUGACAAUGAAGAUAAGUAUUUAAAUGUGUUCCCUGGAGCAUUCAGCACUUGGUGUGGUUUAACAGUGUGCAGUGUUCAGAGUAAGUCCACCUCCCUCCCCUCAGUUAUGUUCUCUGCCUCUAAGCAUCUGCACAUGUAUCCGGCUGGUGGUGGAUUCUGUGCCUGGUGGACAUCUGAAGACAAACUACUCUUUGCUGUGGUCCAGGGACUCGGGAAUGUGAAGUCUACAGGUAAAAUCAAUGUAUGUUCUUGGUACAAAUGAGAACGUUAAAGCAAAGCAAUAUGACGGAAGAACUUAAAUUGAGAGAAUGGCAUUCGAAGAGCACAGUUUCCCCGAUCCACUAUUUCCAUGGUUCCAGUUUCAUGGCAGACAGCACCAAUCUUAUCUGGGUUCAGGUGAUCCUCAUCACAGCAUAUUCUUUAAUUAUUCUACUUGGACUUGUCGGCAACUCUCUAGUUAUCUACAUGAUUCUAAAAUACAAAAACAUGAGGACAGUAACAAACUUUUUCAUAGCCAACUUAGCUGUCGCAGAUCUUAUGGUGGACAGUCUUUGCCUGCCUUUUACCCUGGUCUAUACACUGAUGGACGAGUGGAAAUUUGGAUCAGUACUUUGCCAUUUGUUCCCUUAUGCACAAGCCAUGAGUGUCAAUGUCUCGACACUGACUCUUGUUGUCAUUGCUUUGGAUAGAUACUGGUGUAUCGUAUUUCACUUGAGCAGUCGAAUCUCCAAAAAGUUUAGCCUCUUAAUUGUCACUGUUACGUGGGUGGCAGCUUCCAUUUUUGCGAUUCCUUUAGCUAUUUUUCGAGAGUAUAGGUUUGAGGACUUACCAGCCCUGAAACUUAAAAUCGCUGUUUGUGCUGAGAAAUGGCCUUCAAACAACAGCAGGGAUGCAGCCAUCUACAGCAUCUCUAUGCUUAUUCUACAGUAUGUCCUUCCUCUCAUUGUAAUAUGCUAUGCUUAUAUCAGAAUAUGGUUGAAGCUAAAGAACCACAUAAGUCCAACACCCAGAAAUGACACCCAACAACGAAGAAAAAAUACAACUAAGAUGCUGGUGAUGAUGGUUGUUGUGUUUGCAGUUUGUUGGCUUCCUUUUCAUGUCUUCCAGUUGGCCAUUGACUUGGAUUGGGUACUCGUAUUCCAAGAGUAUAAGCUCCUUUAUUCCAUCUUUCAUGUUGUUGCCAUGUGUUCUACCUUUGCCAACCCUCUCCUCUAUGGCUGGAUGAAUAAGAAUUACAGAAAUGGAUUUCUUUUGGUUUUUGGCUGCAAGAACAAACUGCAAAACAGCCAACCAGAUGGCUCCCUCCGGGGCCAUUCUUACACUUUCCGUGCCACCACGUAUCAUGGUAGUUUUCGAAAUGCUGCAGAAAAUGGACAUCCUCCAGCCCAUGUGUAAAUUCUGAGUUGUUCUUAUAAUCUCCUUCAAUAGCCAGUUGGUUGUCACUGUACAGUAUUUCAUAUAUAUAUAUAUAUAUAUAUAUAUAUAUAUAUAUAUAUAUAUAGCAUCAAUGCUAGAACCCAUUGGAGAGCAAGGUUCAAUGGCUAACACAACUUUAAGGUACAAAACUCCAAAGGUGGUUUAUUGUACAUACAACCAAGUAAAUAUGUCAAUAUGGGGACCAGAUAUCUAUAACUUACAACUAAAAUCUCUUUAAUUUAUUAUCACAUUAAAUCCAUCAGAUUAUUGUAACCAAAUUAUAUCAAGCAAAGGCUACAGUAUUAUUUUAUUUGAAUUAUUUGUGUACAGAAAAUGUAUAUUUUUCAAAUAUUUGGAUGACCUUUAAUAGAGAACUAUUGGUUGCUUUAUUAUCACCAACAAGAGGUGAUUGCUUUUAUAUAUUAACUAUACAUUGCUACUGUAUUUCCGUUAUGUGUGAGCAUUAAAAUUGUGGUCUCUAAAGCUUUUGACUUUGCUAAAUAAACUUACAUACAGAGUCAUAGGAACAACCAUGAAAAACGCAAUACAGUUGUCUCUGCUUUAUACAUGGCAAAGGGCUAUUCAUUGUCAAGAACAGAGGCAAUUUAAAUAAUGAAGUUAAUUUUGUAAUCCUCCCCCUAGUUCCCAGCUUUAGCAAAAUACUCCCAAAAGCAGAGGCCUAGCCAUAAGGGGUGA